AUGGACAGCAUGGAGGAGUUCGGUGCGGCUGCGGGGCACCAAGACCCGCGGCGCACGUUGCUAGUAGUCUACAUUCAUGGCUUCAUGGGCAACGACACUUCGUUCCAGCGCUUCCCGGCCCACAUGCACGAGUUCCUGCGCGAGUCGCUCGCUGAAACCCACGCCGUUCACACAAAGAUAUAUCCGCGCUAUAAGACGUACCGCACCAUCGACGUCGCCACCGAGAACUUUAGCCGCUGGCUCUCGCCCCACGAAAGUUCGACCACCGAUGUCGUCCUGGUCGGCCACUCGAUGGGCGGCCUGCUGGCUGCUGAUGUCGUUUUGCUGCCGGCGGCGGGGGACCAGGGCGGUGGACGGGGCCGUCGUAGACAUAGGAUCCUCGGUACGGUCUCUCUGGAUUCGCCAUUUCUGGGCCUGCACCCGGGCAUCAUCACCGCGGGCAUCGCGAGCCUGUUUAGGAAGUCACCUGAGCCGCCCGGUAAAGACGCCUGGGCGGAGGCCGACCAGCGCGGCCGGCUAGGAGCAGUGCCAUCCACUCCGAACUUCCCGGCCCUCAGCCCGUCGUCCAGCCUGUCGCCGGAGCCAUCGCUGCACGGCGACCUGAGCGAGCUGAGCCCGGCGCCAUCAGGAGCAAGCUCGUCCACAGGAGCUUCUUAUUUCCAGUCCAACGCGAGCCAAGGCACCGUCGGUAGCAGCAGCAGUAGCGGCAAGCAGAACGCGCCGCCGUCGGCCCUCGACAGCAUCAUCAGCAUCGGCAGGUCGGCCACGGCCGUGGGCAAGUCGGAUCCGCACUACAACCCCCCGUUUUUCAACGACGUCCAGUUUAAGGACCGCGGCUUCCUCCGAAAUGUGUGGCAUUUUGCCCAAAAGCGCAAGCUCGAGGGCGAGAAUCUCAUCGACGCGGCGACCGAUCACAUAGUGCGGCACCUGCAGUUCGGGAAGUGCCUCGCGGACCUGAAGGGUCUGCAUGCCAGGUACGAUGCCAUUCGAGCGCUGGAGGACGAGAGCAUGGAGAGGAGAGUCAGGUUUGUGAAUUAUUACACAGCGUCGACGGGGAGACUCAAGGAGCCCAAGGAGCAAAAGGACGGGUCUAAGUCGCCGCUUGAGAGGUCGCACUCAAGGGAGAACUCGACAACCAGUCUGGAAGCCAACAGGGCGACGUUGGAUGCGGCUACAUGUGGUCUUACGACUACGGAUGGUCUUUUGGACGUGCCGGAAAGAGCGUCAGACUCGUCACAGCUCACGACGCCUAGAAUAUCAAUCAAGCAUCACGGAGAUUCUCUCAACUCCAAUACCUCUGGAGUCAACGGUGCUAGCACCAGCAAGGCGCAGGAAGCCGGGGAUAACAGAGAGGCGAACGGGUCCUCUGCAUCAAAUACAGAUUUGCCACAUGAGCAGACCGACCCAGAGACACCACCGCCAGAAUAUGAAUCUGGCACAAAUACACCAGAGCUCAGAUCUAUCUCGCCGAAUCCAGAAGCAGAAGAAGCACCGCCGCCACUUCCACAAAGACCAACCCCGAAUACAGAAGGCGAGACGUCCUCAGAUAAACCAGAUGAUGACAGUAACAUUCCGCCAGCGCCCCAGGAGCCGCAAAGGUUGAACAUCCCCGAGGACGCGAAGCCCGAAGAACGCAAGCGUCUGGAGAAGGAGUAUAAGCAGGCCUUGAAGAAGUACGAGCAAGACGUCAAGGCGCGGAUCAAGGCGAUCAAGGAACGGGACAAGGCUCUCGAGAAGGAGAGGUCCAAGAAGGACAAGGAGAAGCAGAAGCGAGAAAAGGAGGAGCAGAAGAGGCUACAGCAGCAGGAGAAAAAGCGGGAGAAGGAGGCCAAGGAAAAAGCAAAGCAGAAGGAGAAGGAGCAAGGGCAAAGCCAGGCUAGCGGGGGUGGAGAGGUGGCGGCGGGUGAUACUCACCACGAAGACAACAACGGGAACGACACGACCACCACCCACGAUAUCGUGCUCCGGCAAGCAGCCGACGCCAUAGUUGCCGGCAACCAGCACCAUAAGCAGGCGGACGUCGACAGAGCCGUGUUGGCGGGCAGCAGCAACAACACGAACAAGGAGGAGAAGAAGCCCAAGAAACUGCGCAAGUUCUGCAUGCUCCCGAGGAAAAAGAGUGACGGCAGCAGAGACAGCUGCUGGAUAGACGUGUACAUGGAGGGCAUGGACGAGGUCGGCGCACACUGCGGUCUCUUCUUCCCCGGGCCGCAGUACGAGACGCUCAUCGGGGACGUGGGCAUGCGGAUCCAGGGGUGGGUGCACGAAGAUGCCUCGAGGCGGGCGAUUUUGGAAGUUUGA